GCCACAUGUCCCUUAUCAUUCUGUCUUCAGAGGUUUCAUUCAUUCAACCACUGUAAGCCAGUCAACGCGGACAGACAAACGAUCGUUCUGUUUCCAUUCCCGAGAAGAAUUUUCAAAAAUGGCUUUUGCUGAGGGUAAAUGGCACCUUGUCGACAGCGAUAAUUUUGACGCCUACAUGCAAGCAGUGGGUGUUGGGCUUGUCACAAGAAAGAUGGCUGGAGCCUUGAAGCCAAGCCAGGAGGUCAAGGUCGAAGGAGAUAAAUGGGAGAUUAAAACGUCCUCCACAUUCAAGAGCUCCGAGCUGAAAUUCACCGUUGGGACAACAUUUGACGAAAAUACACCAGACGGCAGGAAGUGCAAGACCACAGCCUCUCUGGACGGUCAGAAACUAACAUUAGAACAAAAAGGUGACGUGGACUCAACGAUAGUAAGAGACUACAAUGGCAGCGACAUGCUUAUGACACUCACAGCAAAGGAUGUGACCUGUACAAGGAAAUACAAGAAGGAAGAAUAAUACCUCAAAGACUUGUUUGUUUACUUACAUCAUCGACCAAUUCCUUCCUUCCAUUGAACAGUCCAGGGAUUCCACUGAUUGGCUGAACAUUUUGAGAUGUGUUGGUGACUCUGAAUCACCAGAAGCAUACCCCCAUGAGAAGUCUUUUAUUUCCAGGAAUGUUAGUAACCUAGCAAACGGUUUUUGUGUUAAAAUUGCUCAUUGUCACAAAGCAAACUUUUUGUUUUGACUUGAAAACUAUAAGAAACAAAAUAAAA